AUGGCAACAAAUACAUUUCGCCUGGCCCUUCUACAACUUGCUCCAACACUAAACAAGUCGGAAACUCUCCGAGUCACGAGUCUGAAAAUCAAGAGGGCUGCGACUAGUGGAGCCCACAUGGUAUGUCUUCCAGCUUGCUUCGGUUACCCCCUGGGCGGGCGAGGUUUUAAGGCGUCCGCUGAGACCAUUCCCGGUGAGACGAGCGAGAUGCUGUCCCAGCGUGCGAGGGAGAACGGCGUGUACCUUAUAGGCGGUUCCAUGACCGAAAUCGACGGUAAGGGUCAAAGAUACAACACCUGUCUUGUCUAUGGCCCCGACGGCAGUAUGGUCGCCAAGCACAGGAAACUGCAUCUAUUCGACGCCGACAUUCCUGGAAUGAUAACUUCACGUGAGUCAAGCCUUGUGUCGCCAGGGAACAGACUGACCACCUUCGACACUCCGCUCUGUAAAGUCGGCGUCGGCGUGUGCUACGACAUCUUUUUCGCUCCCCUGGCGCACAUCUAUUCGCAACUCGGUUGCAAGCUGCUGGUGUUCCCUUCCGCGUUCAACGUGAACAUUGGUCCCAUCUACGCCGAGUUAUACUCGAGAUCUAGGGCGGUAGAUGGUCAAGUGUACGUGGCGCUGGCGUCGCCGGCUAGAAGCGAACGUACGCCAUACGUCCCGUGGGGACACAGCAUGUUGGUUGAUCCUAUGGGAAAGGUGGUCCGGUCGGCGGGAACCGAGGAGGAAAUCCUGAUGAGCGAAGUGGAUUUGGAUUACCUGUCGACGGUGAGAAAGCAGACGCCAAUCAUGAAGCACCACAGGAACGAUCUCUACGAUGUGAUUAGUGUUGCAGGUGACCACUUCAGUGGCCAUAGUGACUGUGAUUGCGGUGCGACCUGA